ACACGCGCGUAUGAUAUUUAUGACGUUCCGAUAUUGAAUUGUGGAAGUCCUCCGUUGUGUUUUCAAGACCGUAGAUACGGCUUUUUUUUAUUAUCUUGUUUUUUUUUUUUUUCAACGGCGUGGUAUAAACUAGAUGUAUUAUAUUAUUUAGUCACGUGUGGGCACGACGACGACGUCAAGUUAAAUAAUUUGCUCCGAACUGACAGAUUUUUAUUGUGAGUGUCAAUCUUUUUGCCAAUAAAAUUUAUAAUAUUAUUAAAAAUAAAAUGUACGUGGGACACUGAUAAUUAUUACCAUUAAGUCGCAGUAGUGCAUUUCUUACGACGUACCUCUGUGCAACACAUCAGACUGCUACUGCAACAUUCGCCGUUUCAUUACGUUCGCCGAUCUCGCAUAUAGGUCUGAAAGGUAUGAGCAACAUAAUAUUUUCCAAGAGUAAUAGGUACUAAUUUUUUAAACUUUAUUUACAUUUAACGACGAGUCAAAUAUUUCAUCUAAAAGCAUAAUCCUAAAUACUUAAAUCAACUAUUUCAUCGACACAUGAAAUAUAUAACAAUGAAUAUUGCAACGAAUAAGGAGUAGAACAUUUACAUACCAUCGUCGAUAAUUCUCAAUGAGAAAGUGCAACAAAAUAUAAUUAUCAUUGACGUGUGCUUUAUGAUUUAAAAAUAAAUCGAUAUGCGUUAUUUUACGGCUAUUAUGCUUCUUUUCGCGACCAUAUCAAAUGCAUCUUCGGUGUCGUAUAGAAUAAGAUUCGAUAAAUAUCAUAACUAUAUGGAGAUGACUGAUUAUUUGGAAAACAUAACCAAAGAGUUUUCUAACAUUUCUUCAUUGUAUUCGAUUGGAAAGUCAGUUCAAAAUCGUGAAUUAUGGGUCGUCAAAUUGACUACUGCGACCGAUCUAUUAAGUGUACCGAAUAUCAAAAUCGUUGGAAAUAUACACGGAAAUGAACCCGUCGGAAGAGAAAUAACUUUACAUUUAAUACAGUAUUUAUUGGAGAACAAUUCAAAAAACAAAGUUAUAAACAAACUAUUACGAACUACUGUUAUCCACUUAUUACCUAGUAUGAACCCCGAUGGAUUUGAAUUUUCCAAACCUCAGCCUUGUCCAUCUAGCGGAAUGACAUUGCCUGCGAAUUUUACCCGUUCUAGAUUGAACGCUAAUACUUUCGAUUUAAACAGAAAUUUCCCCAGUGGGUUUAAUCCACACACGGUACCACUGCAACCAGAAACUAAAGCAAUCAUGGAAUGGUUAAAAUCGAUACCAUUUGUUAUGUCUCUAGGAUUACAUGGUGGUGCCUUGGUUGCCAAUUAUCCCUACGACGAUUCAGUUGACUCGAAUUUAGACAAGUUGCAGAAACUAAACGAAACAUUACAGAUUGACAAUAUAAUGGAUCUAUACUUAGCAUAUUAUAUGAAUGUUUCAAAUUUCGAUUCAAUAAUCAAUCCAAGUUUAACACCGGACGAUGAUGUAUUUCGGUUUUUGGCGAAACUAUAUGCCAAAUCGCAUCGAACAAUGCAUUUGGGUCAAGGUUGUGACGAGGAUACAAAAUUCAAAGAUGGCAUUACAAAUGGAGCACUUUGGUAUCCAGUGAAAGGAAGCAUGCAAGAUUACAAUUACAUAUGGCAUGGAUGCAUGGAAAUUACUUUAGAAAUGUCUUGUUGCAAAUAUCCUCCAGCCUCAUUUUUGGAAUCUCAUUGGAACGAUAAUCUAAAGCCACUUUUAAUUUGGAUGCAACAAUCACAUAGAGGCAUUAAAGGUAUCAUUAUGAGUAAAUCAACCGGUAAACCUAUACCAAAUGCUACUAUCAGUAUACUGGACCGGCAAAACCAAUUCAAUACAACCAAGAAUGGAGAGUAUUGGAAAAUAUUACUUCCAGGAGUAUAUAAACUGCGGGUGAACGCUGCCGGACACAACGAGAAAACCGUUAGGGUCGAGGUGCCGAGGACGGACGAUUCGGAAGAGCCGCGGUCGACGCUGGUGAACGUCGUAAUGGAACCGACGACGGCGACGACGACGGUCAAGAGCGCGUUCGAUGGCCAGCACUACACGUACUAUUGGAUGUCGAACUCCGCGAGCGCGACGGACCUGACGACCGUGGCCGCGAACGGCGAACAAGAGCCAAACGUGGCCGACAGCGAGACCGUAGUCUACGACGGCGACCGUGCCGAUGACCAGCAACACCAAGACGACGACUUACGGUUCCUGCCGGUGUCCACGUGGUCCGGGGCGGCCGAUCGCUUUUGCGCGAGUCGCCGGGUUGCCGUAACGUCGGUCAUCGCGUACCUGAUCUCGCGACUCGUCACCACCAUACUCUCGCCGUUGAUACCGCUACACCUAUCAUAAUAGUAGCAGCAUCACUACCACCACAGUAUAGGUAAAAUCAGGACCGUAAUUAAUGGAGGGAGAAGGAGGAAAUGGGGACAUUUCCCUCGGGUGACUGAAUUUUGAUCAAUUUAGGAGGAUGGCCAACAUGUACCUCUGUAAACCGGUUUUCAAUUGUAUUAAUAUUUUAAAUAAUAAUUAAAAAUUCAUAAUAGUAUUAUCUGCGUAGUUAACAAAUGUAGACUAAAUAAAAAAUUAUAACUAAAAAUGUAUUAAAAAAAAAACUAAAAAAAUGUAUCAAUUUUUUUG